AUUUCUUUUUCUUUUUCUUAAAUAAUAAUAAUAAUUAUUAUAAUAUCAGCAAUUAUUAGUGGACAAAUAAAAAACCAUUAUUUACGGCAUCAAAAGAAAAGAAGCAGUUACUCGUAUGGUAUGGAGAUUUUGGAUAUAAAAGCAAAGCAAAUACAAACACAAGAAUUUCAUUUCACAAACUCCGUUGAUGAUUCACCAUUCGAAUCCCACCAAUUCUAACACCAAAACCCAAAGCCAACACCAACCCAACCAACCACAGUUUCGUACUAUAUAUAUAUACUCAGAGAGAGAGAGUGAGAGAGAGAGGACGAUGUUUGAAGACCAAAACAACAUUCAUGGGGAAUAUUCAUAUUGUCCCACAUCGGACAGAUUUGAUCACAAUAACAACAACAUUAAUAUUCACGAGAGCAGCUUCUCAAAUUCAUCCUCUACUUCAUCUUCUACUGGUGCUGGAGUUCAAGUACCAGCUGGAAACAGAAAAAAGAAGAGCAAAAACAACAAACGAAGGUUCAGUGAUGACCAAAUCAAAUCUCUGGAAUCAAUGUUCGAGAACGAGACCAGGCUCGAGCCAAAAAAAAAACUCCAGUUGGCCUCUGAGUUAGGCUUGCAGCCUCGUCAAGUCGCCAUAUGGUUUCAGAACAAGCGAGCUCGUUGGAAAUCCAAGCAACUCGAACGAGACUACUCUAUUUUACUCGCCAAUUAUAAGAACUUAGCUUCUCGUUUCGAUGCUCUCAAGAAAGAAAAACAGGGUUUGGCUCUUCAGUUGCAGAAGCUUAGCGGUGAUCUGAUGCAGAGUUCGAAAGAUAAAGAUAAAGAUAAUGAUAAAGUUGAUAAGGACUCGGAUAAUGGAAAGGUGAAAACAGAGACAGAUCAAUUGGAAGUAAUGAAGCCGAGUCUUUCGUCUUUGGAAAGAACAGAACACGUUUUAGGGGUUCUCUCAUCAGACGAUGAUAGUUGCAUGAAGGCAGCCUAUAAUUUUGAUCAAGAAGUACUUGAACCCGAGGAAGCGGAGCUUCUGAGCAUGAACAUGGCGCCGGAGCCUCCUGCUGAUAGCUCCCUUACAUCGCCCGAAGACUGGGGCAAUUUGAACUCAGACACCCUUUUUGAUGAAUCCUCUAGUGGUUAUCAGUGGUGGGACUUUUGGUCUUAAAAUUAAGCCACAAAGGGGUCUUCUUGAAAAUUUUCUCUAGUUUUUAUUGUUUCUUCUUCUUGGUAUAUAACUAUAUAUAAUCUAAAAGCAGAGCCCUUUUAGUUGAGAAACUACGUGUAGUAGAGUUGGAGUAGUUUCUUCUCAGGGGUGCAGUGGAGAAAAUAAGGGAAUGAAGUUCAUCACUCACUGAGCUACUGACCCAACAAAUUACAAAAAUUGCGCUUUACUUGAUGUUGGGUUAGGCUUAAUUGUUAUUAGAAGCCAUAUAUGGCAUUAGAUUACGUUAGAGUACACAUAGGAUUUAGGAUUUAGGCCUAUUAUAAUUACAGCAAGUGGGUAGUGUAAGUAAGAUGUUCCAAUUUUAAGUUUCUUGUACAUACUUGUUCCGAGAAUGAUCUUGAGAAAUAAAGAGAUAGGGAGAGACUUGAAUGA